AGUGAAACCCAGCAGCUUUUUCUUCCCCACUGGCUGCUCCAGACGACGUGUCCGUUUCUACAGUCUCGCAGCCUCCGUCAAUCAUUCGGACUUUUUUCCGAGUCGCUAAAGUUUCAGGAGAGUUUUAUUGGUUUUCUUUUCGCUCUUGAUACGUUUGAGACGGAUUUGUUGCUCUGUUCGGUGUCGGAUCGGUGUUUUGAAGGUUCGUUCCACAGUGAUGAUGUGUAAUAGAGCUUGUGAAGCAGCUGAACGUACCAACACUUUGCACCCCAUGUGGCAGGGGCCUCUCGCCAUACCCGGAGGGGAUCGUCAGUCCCCCAUCGACAUCAGUAUCCAGAAGAGUAUCUUUGACCCACGUCUGAGGCCUCUCGUGAUGAACUACGAUCCCAGGACCUGCCAGCAGAUCUGGAACAAUGGCUACUCCUUCCUGGUCGAGUACGACGACACCACUGACAAAUCCACACUGCAUGGCGGUCCUCUGGAGGACAGCUUCAGGUUGUGCCAGUUUCAUUUCCACUGGGGAGAGAACAACACCUGGGGCUCUGAACACACCGUGGACCAUCACCUCUACCCUGCUGAGUUACACCUGGUGCACUGGAACUCUGAUAAGUACUCUCUGUUCGAGGAGGCGGUGAUUGAGGAGAACGGACUGGCCGUUAUCGGGGUUUUUCUGAAGGUUGGGAAGAGACAUGAGGGUCUGCAGAAGCUGGUGGAUGCUUUACCUGCUGUCAGGCACAAGGACAGUGUGGUGGAGUUCACCAAGUUCGACCCGGCCUGCCUGCUCCCCGAGAACGUGAACGACUACUGGACGUACUCUGGCUCCCUGACCACUCCGCCUCUCACCGAGGCCGUGACGUGGAUCCUCAUGAAGCAGCCCGUUGAAGUCAGUCAUGACCAGCUGGCCGUGUUCCGUUCCCUGCUGUUCACCUCGGCCGAGGAGGACGUCCAGAAGAGCAUGGUGAACAACUUCCGAGUCCAGCAGCCGCUGAGGGGCCGGGCGGUCCGCUCGUCCUUCACGCCGUUCCUCCAGAACGCGCCUCCUGCCGACCCCUAAGCGCCGAACCCAGUUCUGUGUAUGGAUGGAGCAGAGAAGUCUUAAACGUACCAGGCAUUCAGGUCUGGGUCUGAAAUCAAGGGAACAUUAAGGUGCAGUUUAGUCACGAGCAGGAUUCUGAAAUGCUCCCAGUUUUCUAGAUUUUAGUCUGUAUAAACGCUGACAUUUCAAUCGUGUAGGAUUUUAAUAUAGGAGGAUUUUCCAGCUUUAUUUAGGAUGUUUUUGUUACAGUCGCAGCUUCAUAACAGACUUAAUUCUGUUUUAUUUUACUAGCCACCGUCCGUGUGCCUUACAAUCGUUUAGAAUUUAGAAACGUUCCUGAUGUAGAAACGGGAACGUGUUGAUUUUAAUGACUGCACAAUUACAUACGAUAUGUACUUUUAAUACCUAGUUGUUUUAUCUCGGUGGACAUACUGGAUCAUUUCAAUUUAUAUAAGCUAUAUGACCAAAAGUAUUCGGACACCUGACUGAGCUUGUCGGACGUUCCAUUUAAAAAAGUCUGUGGGAAUUUGUGCCCAUUCUGUCUAAAGAGCGUUUGUACGGCUGGGCGCUCAGCUUUUCUUCAUGCAGUUGUAGCCUAGUGGUUAAGGUACUGGACUAGUAAUCAGAAGGUCUCUGGUUUAAGCCCCACCACUGGCAGGUUGCCACUGUUGGGCCCUUGAGCAAGGCCCUUAACCCUCAAUUGCUUAGACUUUUUAUUGUAAGUCGCUUUGGAUAAAAGCAUCUGCUAAAUGCUGAAAAUGUAAACGUUAAUCUUUUAUCCAGCAUAAAGCUGAUUUGACACCUUUUGCAAACCAAAGCCUAGUGGUUAAGGUACUGGACUAGUAAUCAGAAGGUCACUGGUUCAAGCCCCACCACUGGCAGGUUGCUUAGACUGUGUUGCUUAGACUGUGUACUAUAAUUCACCUUGGAUAAAAGCGUAUGCUGAAAAUGUAAACGUUUAUAGAUCUUGCUCAUGUUGGAAGCGUGUAGUUUUCUUUAUAUAUAAUUAGAAGGGGUGUCCCAAUAUUUUUGUGUAUAUGGCAAAAGUAUGCGGACCAUUUGUUUUUGAAUAGGAUGUCCGACAAGCUCACGAUCAGGUGUCCAAAUACUAUUGACCAUGUAGUGUAAAUAGGGGUUCCAUUUGAGAAUCUGAAUGACACCACGUUGGUGGUGUGUUGUAUUCCAGAGUGUCUUACUGCCCAAAGUAUAGAGGAACAGCGUUCCAGGAACGGUUACUGACAUCCUUACGUAUUAAAUGCAGUUUUCCACGACUUUAUCUCCUCCAUGUGUGUAUUAUGCAAGUAAUAGUUGUAUAUAUUUAAUAGUAGCACCUUAUCAUCCUGAAAUCAUUAUUAUUAUUAUUAUUAACAUUUUGUUUCUGAGGUUGUUUCUGAGGUUCCUGAACCUCGAUUCUGCACAAUAUAAUGAUGCGCACAGUUACUGGUUCACUUUUGUUUUUGUUUGUAGUACAGUUUCCGAAGUCAGACGUCCAGAACCACAGUGCCUUCCAACACUGUUACUGUCCCAGUGCUAAAAUCCUUCCAUCAUGUUGAUUCAUCCUGGUUGUAGGUGCUGUCGGUGAUCACCCUCUUGUUCAAGCCUGAUUUCAGCCAUAAGAGGGCAGCAGAGCCUCAGGAGGGCAGUUACUUUCUCCUCUGGGUACUGAGUCUGGCAUUAUGCUGGUGGUGGGGUUGGGGUGUUUUUUCCUUUUUUUUUUUGUCAAUAGACUGAUGAGUGGAAUUAGAAAUUUUAGAUCCAGUUAAUAAAUCUAUAGCCAGGUUUCAGCCUUCCCUUCAUUUAAGGACAGUGCAAAGUUUAGCAUGUUCUCUUUGUUUCCACUUAAGUACUCCAGUUUCUUUCCACCUCAUCAAAACAUGCUUGUAGGUGGCUUGACACUAAAUGACCUAUAACGGGUCAGUGAGCAUGCAUGCAGGGUAAAGCCAGUCAUGAAUUUCUGUAGCUGCGUUUUACAGGGUUGCAGGUGUCCAACAAGCUCAUGGUCAGGUGUCCAAAUACUUUUGACCAUAUACUGUAUAUAUAUAUAUAUAAUGUGAUUUCAGUCAGUGAAAUGAUGUGAUGUUCCUCAGCGUGGCUUUAAAAUCCUCUUAAAGUUUCUGCAUUCGUCUGUUACGUACAAGUUGUUGCGCACAGGUCAAAAAACAUCCAGAAUUCAAUGUUCAAUCAAAUAAGGACACACACAAAAUCAGAAAAUACGAAUAUUCAUUCAGGAAAGCAAAAUAACACACCGUGAGUAAUAAAACGAAGCCCAGGGGUCACGGUAAAAUCCCUCUCCACGUAAAACCCUGAUCUGAUCUCGGUUUAUCACCAGAAGCUUCUGACCCUGCAGCAGCUCGGCUGCUUUCAGUCUUUUUUGUCAACACAGGCCUCGAGUCUGGUGUUCAGCCCUUUUUUCAUACGAGGCGACUAGACACUGUCCUAUUUUGUGGCUGAAUGACGGACUUUCUGUACCAAUCCCGCCAUGGUGCCUCCAGUCUGAAAGGGCCACCUGGUCUCGUCUUUGUUGGGCUCAACGCUCAGAUUCAGCCACACUAAACGGUCCAGAAAGCUGGAACCGCCACAAACAGACAAUGGCUGGAGAGCGUUACCCUCAUUCAAAGUUUGGGAGUGCCAGAUCAGAUCAGAUUGGGUGAAUUUAUCACGCUGGGCUGAAUAAGAAUACUUUAUAUGGCCAAAAGUAUUUAAACACCAGACCAUGGGCUUGAGCUGAGUGAUGUCUAUGUGAUCCUUUCAGCUAGAACAACAGCCGCUCUUCUAAGAAGCUUCUCACAAGACUUUGAAGCAUGUCUGUGGUCAUUUGUACCCGUUCAGUAUAAAGAUGACAGCAUUUGUAUGUAUGUUGGUCAAGAAAGCCUUUAUUGAUGUUCUAGUUCAUGUUGAGUGGGGCUGAGGUCAGAGCUGGAGCUUCUUUAAACCAAGAUUUUCUUCAUGUCUUUAUAGAGCUCGCUCAUGCUAAAACAGGAAAGCACCUUCCCUAAACUGUUGUAUAGUCUGUAUAGUGUAUUUUUAGUUUAUGGGUGUGACACUGUCCCAAACAAACCCAGUUCUUAUGUCGACCUGUGCCGACCCUUGCUGUGCGUCUGUCCGGUGUUCCUGAUUACAUGUUCAGUCACACAUUACAUUACUAAAAGUGUCCUGGAUCGUGUCCGUUCUUUUAUCUGAAGGGUGAGGGAUCCAGAUUGGGCUGAAAUUCCAGAGGGAAGGAAAGCGGUGAAAUAAUAAUGGGAUUUAGUAUUGUGGAUCAUGUGAUCCUCAGAGCUCCGGGACUUAAGCUGCUCACUCGCACGUUUGCCAGUGUUUCAGUGUUACUGUUGGUGGUGGAAUGAUUUUCUGCAGACUUGCACACAUGCAGUACUGGAACUGUGUUUUCCUUAUAGCUCUCGGUUUGUUUUCCUGCCUAUUUUUUGGAUGUUGUUUAAAUAAGAAAUGUUAGAUUUUUUUUAUUUAUUUAGCAUUUACUUGUCCAAGAUCGUAACAGUUUGGUAUUAGAAACUGGAUCUGUGCAUUUUUAUUUACUAACAGUCAUUUACACAAACACAAAUGCCUAUUUAAAAAAUAAUCACGCACAAUAUUUGUCGAUUUGUGUAAAUUGGUGUAAAAUGUGACCCAACGAUUGUUUGUGAUGGAAUGUAAGAAAUGUUUUCGUGUUUUUGCUGCUGGAUCUGGUUUGAAUCCAUCCCAGGGCGUUUUCCGGAGGUGUGCGGAGGCCUUUUCCCAGCAUGGUACGAUCCAGCUGCACUGUGUUUUCUUUCCUCCUGAUUGGUGUCUGUCAGAAGGGGAAACAUCUAUAAAAACACUGCAGUCACCUGCGCUACAACCUCUCGUUCAUGUGGUCCGAAACACUGUAGUGAAACGAACGUCUUUGAUGUAAAAGAUCAAUAAAACCUAAAUAACACAA